GUACCUUCUCUCUCUCUCCUCGUUGAAGCUGGCACCUCAUACUAAGAAUUAAAUUGCACAUGCUGUUGAAGGAAAAUCCAGUCGUUCGCCAACACUCGUGGGGAGUAUUUGCCGUGGCGUUUUUGGCAUUCGAAAUCGUGUUGAAGACAUGUUGGAGAUGCGUGUGUUGGCGGUGUUGGUGGCUGUUGGAGCGGCGGCCAUCUCCAUCGCCGGGACUGUCCCCACCGGAAGCAAUAUCUUCCACGAGGAUGUGUUUUACAAGCCCGGUAAAUGCCCCAACACCACCGGAGCCAUGAGCCUCUGCCUGCUCACCGAUGAAAACUGUUUCUCCGACGACGACUGUUUCGGGAGACUCAAGUGCUGCCCGUACGGAUGCAAUCGAGAGUGCUUGGAUCCUGAGCCCGAAAGCCCGUGCCCAUACGACUGCAACAGCGCCUACAGCCCCGUGUGUGGCAACGACGGCCAGACAUACGACAACAUGUGCAGGAUGAUGCGUGCAACAUGCAGGAACCCUUAUCUGAAGAUGCAUGAGGAAGGACUGUGCAAAGGCAGCUUGAAGGAAAAUAGGGAUGUGUAUAUAUAAUGGUAGAUGAAGUUUGUUUGUUUAUUUGUGUUUUAGGGUGUGGGGGACUGUUGUAUUAAAAUUCGUCUUGUUAUUGUUGGUUUUGUUUUGUUUUUUGGUUUUAUUUCUUUCGGUAAAGGUUCAGUUAAUUUUGUUUCGAUCGUAUUGUUUUGUUUUGUUUUCAGAAUGAAUACUUUAAGUCAACUGUUUAUUUUUCCUAGAUUUUCUUGUUUUAAUUUAUCUUUCAUGACGUUGCUUUGAGGGAAUAAAUUCCAUUACAACUUAUUAUCAUGAGUGCAUUUGUUUAAUAAAGAAUGAACGAAAGAAA